AUGGCUCCCGCUACUGUCCAGAAAUUUCGCCCGGUGGUGAUCUCAGGCCCCUCAGGCACGGGUAAAUCGACACUGCUGAAACGCCUUUUUGCCGAGUAUCCUGACAAGUUCGGGUUUUCCGUCUCGCACACAACCCGAUCCCCCCGACCAGGCGAACAAGAUGGACGCGAGUACAAUUUCACGACCAAGGAAGCCUUCCUGGACCUCGUGGCGCAGAACGGGUUCAUCGAGAACGCUCAGUUUGGAGGGAAUUACUACGGCACCAGUGUACAAGCUGUGAAGGAUGUGGCAGAUAAAAGCAGGAUCUGCAUUCUCGACAUCGAGAUGGAGGGCGUGAAACAAGUCAAGCGCACCGAUCUCAACGCGAGAUUCUUAUUCCUCUCGCCGCCAUCCCUGGAGGAGCUGGAGCGACGACUGCGUGGCCGGGGCACGGAGUCCGAGGAUAGCUUGGGGCAGCGGCUGGCGCAGGCGCGGAACGAGCUCGAAUAUGCGCAGCAGCCCGGGGCGCAUGACAAGAUCGUGGUGAAUGAUGAUUUGGAGACGGCGUACACGGAUCUGAGGGAUUGGGUCGUAGACGGGGGACGGUUUGGUGCAUCUGAGUAG